AGAGACGAGCUGCACAAACAAAGUGCAGCAGCAAAGCACGGCUUCACCUCAUGACUCGAAACUUUCUUCAUUUUAAGAUCAAACCAAGGAGUCUCGGCUAAACUAAAAGACGCUGCUGCUGCUGUGCCAUGCUGCUGCAGCGUUUAUGAGAAUCAACCUACGCUAUCUCGAUUUUCAUUUCACUGCAUUCACGAGAAAAAAAAACACUCAACCUGCAACCAUGAACGAGACGCAUGCCAACUGCAGUGACCCUUCAGUGGACUACCAGUACUAUUUCUUCCCAGUUGUCUACAGUUUAGCUCUAGCUGUGGGUCUACCGGGUAACCUAGCAACCCUCUUCGUCUUCACCUUCAAGAUUACCCCCCGCACAGCUUUCAGCGUGUACAUCAGGAAUCUGGCUCUAGCCGACAUCCUCAUCCUGUGUACUCUACCCUUUCGGAUCCACUACCACCUCAACGGUAACAAAUGGGUGUUCGGGGCCCCCAUCUGCAGCAUCACGGGGAUCCUGUUCUACGCCAACAUCUACAUGAGCAUCUGUUUCAUGAUGUGCAUCUGCGUGGACCGCUACAUGGCCACCGUACAUCCUCACACCUAUCUGAGGCUGAGGAGCACAUGGUACUCUUUGAUUGUGAGUGUGACGCUUUGGGGUGUCGCUGGAGUCGCCAUGCUGGUCUUUCUCCUCCUGGGCCCUCUGGAAACCAACGAAUCUGGAAGCCAAAGCUGCUUCGAGAACUUCGCCAAGACUGAGUGGGAGACGCGUUUAGGGGUGUACAGCAUGCUGGGCCUCGUCUUUGGCUCACUGCUGCCCUCUUUAAUCAUCCUGGUGUGUUACCCUCUGGCUGCGAGGCGCAUCUCCAUGAUGGGGACUAACACAGCCCAAAAAGCCGUGAGGGUCAUUUACACCAUCCUGGCUAUAAUGGUGCUGUGCUUCCUCCCAAACCACGUAGUGUACCUGCUGCACUUCCUCCGACGCUUGGACGUCAUCCAGAGUUGCUCUUACGGCAACGCCAUCUAUCACGCCCGACGGGUCACCAUGGCCCUCGUCAUCCUCAACACAUGCCUGGACCCUUUGCUUUACUUUGUGUCCACCAGCCACUUCAAAUGGAAGAGCUUGAAGAUGACAUGGCUGUGGGGAAGAUUCAGGAGGAAUAGAGGCGUUUAUGUCGUCGCAAUCAGCUGA